AUGAGCGCUAAACCCUCUCUCACUCUCUUUACUGCUCCUUGUUUCACCGGAACCCUAGAAAUCGCCUUCUUACUUCUCUCAAGAUCAUUUGUCCUGGGAAGGAUGGAGGAAUCUUCAUCUCUGCCGCCACCAACAAGUAUAAAACCAGAAGAGCCCAGCCAUCGAGAUUAUGACAUCACAACUAGACGCGGGGUUGGAACCACAGGCAGCCGAAUAGAAUUGUGCACCAAUCACUUCAAAGUUUCUGUGAGACAUCAGGAUGUAGUGUUUUAUCAGUACACUGUUAGUAUCACCACGGAAGACGGCGAAGUUGUGGAAGGGAAAGGAAUAGGGAGAAAGCUUAUUGACCAACUUUACAAGACUUACGCUUCUGAUCUUGAGGGUAAAAGGUUGGCUUAUGAUGGAGAGAAGACUUUGUACACUGUUGGUCCUCUGCCACAGAAGGACUUCGACUUUCAAGUCAUCUUGGAAGGUUCAUUUUCAAAACGUGUCUGUGGUGUCGCUGAUGGUGGUAGUCCCUCUGGUGCUUGCAAGAGAUCAAAGCGCUCUUUCCUGCCGAGAAGUUACAAGGUUCAUAUACAUUUUGCUGCAAAAGUACCAUUAAAGACUGUUCUAGAAAUUGAUACACCAAAUAAGAGCGCUCAGGAUGCACUUAGAGUGCUUGACAUUGUAUUGAGGCAACAAGCAGCUGAAAGGGGAUGCCUUCUGGUCAGACAAGCAUUUUUCCAUAGUGAUAUCAACCCCAUUGAUGUUGGGGGAGGUGUUCAGGGUAUUCGAGGUUUCCACUCAAGCUUUCGUCCAACCCAUGGAGGACUCUCGCUUAACAUUGACGUGUCAACAACUAUGGUCUUAAAGCCGGGUCCGGUCAUUCGAUUCCUCUUAGCCAAUCAGAAUGUUGAGUUAGCGCGACUUAUCGACUGGAAUAAGGCCAGGAAAAUGCUUAAAAAUAUGAGGGUGAAGACAUCACACAGUAAUAUGGAAUUCAAAAUUAUAGGUCUAAGUGAGAAGCCGUGCAAUCAGCAACUCUUUUCAAUGAAAAUUAAAAACGGUGAGGGUGAAGGACAGACCAAAGAGAUUACUGUGUAUGAGUAUUUCAAGCAAACUUACACAGAGCCUACUGGUUCUGCGUACUUUCCAUGCCUUGAUGUUGGCAAGCCAAAUCGCCCCAACUAUCUCCCACUGGAGUUUUGUGAACUUGUAUCUCUGCAACGUUACACAAAAGCAUUGUCAGGGAGGCAAAGAUCUUUACUUGUUGAAAAAUCAAGACAAAAACCUUUAGAGAGAAUUAAAGCACUCAAUGAUGCAAUGGAAAAAUGCUGCUAUGAUAAAGACCUGUUUUUGGCUGGAUGUGGCAUUUCUAUGGAAAAACAAAUGACUCAAAUUGAAGGCCGGGUUCUCGCUGCCCCAAAGCUGAAGUUUGGAAAAAAUGUGGAUGAUGUACCACGCAACGGACGGUGGAACUUUAACAACAAGACGCUUUACGAACCAAUAGCUAUUAGGGACUGGGCUGUCGUCAACUUUUCGUUUCCAUGCGACAGUAGUCGCAUUUCCCGUGAUCUCAUAGACUGUGGCAUGAAGAAAGGCAUUGAAAUUGAUCGACCGUUUGCACUGGUUGAAGAGGAUCCCCAGUAUAAAAAAGCAGGUGCUGUUGAAAGGGUAGAAAGAAUGAUUGCAAAGAUGAGGUCAAAAUUUCCAAAACCUCCUCAUUUCAUCCUCUGUAUCCUGCCAGAACCGAAAACCUCGGAUAUCUAUGGUCCCUGGAAGAAGAUUUGCCUCACUGGAGCAGGGAUUAACACACAAUGCAUCUGUCCUAAAAAGAUGAAUGACCAAUAUUUCACCAAUGUGCUUCUGAAGAUAAAUUCUAAGCUUGGAGGCAUCAAUUCUCUGUUGGGAAUAGAGUACUCUUGCAACAUUCCAUUGAUAAACAAGAUUCCCACCUUAAUCUUGGGUAUGGAUGUAUCUCACGGGUCCCCAGGUUGUUCAGAUGUUCCUUCAGUAGCUGCGGUUGUUGGUUCAACAUGCUGGCCCAAAAUCUCAAGGUAUAGGGCAGCUGUAAGAACCCAGUCACCAAAACUGGAGAUGAUUGAUUCGCUCUUCCAACCUGUUGAGGGUUCUACGAAUGGAGACAACGGUAUCAUGAACGAGUUGUUUGUAGAAUUUUUCAAGACAAGCAACAAACGCAAGCCUAAGCAGAUUAUCAUAUUCAGGGAUGGAGUAAGUGAAUCACAGUUCAACCAAGUCUUGAACAUUGAGGUGGACCAAAUUAUAAAGGCGUAUCAACGUCUUGGUGAAACCGAUGUGCCAAAGUUCACUGUCAUUGUGGCUCAGAAAAACCACCACACCAAGUUGUUUCAACCUAAGAGUCAUGAAAAUGUUCCUGCUGGAACCGUCGUGGACACCAAGAUUGUACACCCGACGAACUAUGAUUUUUACAUGUGUGCUCAUGCUGGAAUAAUAGGAACUUCAAGACCGGCUCAUUAUCAUGUUUUACUCGAUGAGAUUGGUUUCUCUCCUGAUGACUUACAGAAUCUCAUCCAUUCUCUCUCCUAUGUCAACCAACGCAGCACAACUGCAACCUCAAUUGUGGCUCCAGUGCGAUACGCUCAUCUGGCAGCAGCUCAAUUUGCUCAGUUCAUCAAGUUUGAAGCUAUAACGGAGGACGGGAAUGUUCCAGAGCUUCCUCGUCUGCACAAGAAUGUGGAAAGCAACAUGUUCUUCUGCUGA